CAGGUGACCAGCGCCAUGUCCAGCCAGGUGGUCGGCAUCGAGCCUCUGUACAUCAAGGCGGAGCCAGCCAGCCCCGACAGCCCCAAGGGCUCCUCGGAGACGGAGGCCGAGCCGCCCGUGGCCCUGGCUCCCGCUCCAGCCCCCACCCGCUGCCUCUCCGGCCACAAGGAGGAGGAAGACGGGGAGGGGGCUGGGCCUGGCGAGCAGGGGGGUGGCAAGCUGGUACUCAGCUCCCUGCCCAAACGCCUCUGCCUGGUCUGUGGGGACGUGGCCUCUGGCUACCACUACGGUGUGGCGUCCUGCGAGGCCUGCAAAGCCUUCUUCAAGAGGACCAUCCAGGGUGAGCCCCCAGUCCACUCCUCCGCCCCCUGCCCUGUGCCCUCUGGGCCCGCGCCACCCACCGGGCGCACUGCCAGGCGGCAGUGCCUGCGGGUGGGCAUGCUCAAGGAGGGAGUGCGCCUGGACCGCGUGCGCGGUGGGCGGCAGAAGUACAAGCGGCGGCCGGAGGUGGACCCGCUGCCCUUCCCCGGCCCCUUCCCUGCCGGGCCCCUGGCAGUAGCUGGAGGCCCCCGGAAGACAGCCCCUGUGAACGCACUGGUGUCUCAUCUGCUGGUGGUGGAGCCUGAGAAGCUCUAUGCCAUGCCUGACCCCGCGGGUCCUGACGGACACCUCCCUGCCGUGGCAACCCUCUGCGACCUCUUUGACCGGGAAAUCGUGGUCACCAUCAGCUGGGCCAAGAGCAUCCCAGGCUUCUCGUCGCUGUCGCUGUCUGAUCAGAUGUCGGUACUGCAGAGCGUGUGGAUGGAGGUCCUGGUGCUGGGUGUGGCCCAGCGCUCGCUGCCGCUGCAGGACGAACUGGCUUUCGCAGAAGACUUGGUCCUGGACGAAGAGGGGGCCCGGGCAGCUGGCCUGGGGGAGCUGGGGGCCGCCCUGCUGCAGCUGGUGCGGCGCCUGCAGGCCCUCCGGCUGGAGCGGGAGGAGUAUGUCCUGCUCAAGGCCCUGGCCCUGGCCAACUCGGACUCUGUGCACAUCGAGGAUGCCGAGGCCGUGGAGCAGCUGCGAGAAGCCCUGCACGAGGCCCUGCUGGAAUACGAAGCUGGCCGGGCCGGCCCCGGAGGGGGCGCUGAGCGGCGGCGGGCGGGCAGGCUCUUGCUCACGCUGCCGCUUCUCCGCCAGACCGCGGGCAAAGUGCUGGCCCACUUCUAUGGGGUGAAGCUGGAGGGCAAGGUGCCCAUGCACAAGUUGUUCUUGGAGAUGCUCGAGGCCAUGAUGGACUGAGGCAAGGGGUGGGACUGGUGGGGGUGCCGGCAGGACCUGCCCAGCAUGGGGCCAGCCCCGAGGGGCAGAGCUGGGGUAUGGGCAGUGCCGCAGCCUGCUGGCAGGGCCAGGGCAAUGCCAUCAGCCCCUGGGAGCAAGCCCCACGCCCUCCCCUCCCCCCUCCCAGGGGUGUCAGAAGCUGGGAACGUGUGUCCAGGCUCUGGGCACAGUGCUGCCCCUUGCAAGCCAUAACGUGCCCCCGGAGUGUAGGGGGACUUGCGGAAGCCAUAGGGGGCUGCGGGAGGCCAAGCUUGAUCUCAGGGAGGGAAGGGUAUAGAGGCCACAGUCUCCCAGCGGGUGACGCUUUUGCUGCUGCUUAACCCUGCCUCCUCUCCAGAGCAGAGGGGGACUUGGAGCGCAAAAGCCCGCCCCCUCCGCUCCCCUCCCCCUCCUCGUCUGCAUUGGGCAUCAGUGCCCCCCUUGAAGCAAUAACUCCAGGCCGGCCCCGCCCCC